UGUCUUUUUGGUCGUGCGCGCCCGCCUGCGAAGAGCCGCCAGCCGGGAAUAAUGUGGAACGUGUGGGUCCUGCUCACUUUCAUUUUGACGGCCUCAGUCUCUGGGGAGACGAGAGCGGCUCUGACCUCCGAUAAAGACCUAUACCUUGACAACAGCUCCAUCGAAGAAGCAUCAGGCGUCUAUCCAAUUGAUGAUGAUGAUUAUACUUCUGGGUCAGGAUCAGGAGCGGAAGACCAAGAAGAUAACUCAGAGUUAGGGCCAACAUUUAGAACACUUCCAGAGCGUCCAGAGAUACCAGUUAGCGAUGCUCCUAGGAUUGAAAGAACUACACUGAAAAUGCAGACCAAGGUACCUACGCAAACAAAGUCACCUGAUGAGACGGAUAAAAAGAAGAUCCUCAAGCCAGCUGCAGAAAACAAAAAUACGAAAAACAAGCCAGCUGAUGAUGAUGAUGUAUUUACUGAAAAGCACUCGGAAAGUCUUUUUCAGAGAACGGAAGUACUGGCAGCUGUUAUCGCUGGUGGAGUUAUUGGCUUUCUCUUUGCAAUCUUCCUUAUCUUGCUUUUGGUAUAUCGUAUGAGAAAGAAGGAUGAAGGCAGCUAUGACCUCGGGGAACGUAAACCAUCCAGUGCUGCCUAUCAGAAGGCACCUACUAAAGAGUUUUAUGCAUAAAACUCUCAACGUAGUGUCUCUGUUUAAGAGAUCACUGAACUUUUAAAAUAAAGCUUUUUUUUGCAUAGAAUAAUGAAGAACUUUUUUUUUCAUUAAAGAGCCUUUAUGGCAGCUUUAUGAUUAAAAAAAAAUCCCAUUGUAUUUAAAACUUUUCAUGUAUUCCUUUUAAGAAAAUGUAAAGUAAAAUCUUAACAUUUUGCAAUGUUCCGUGAAUAACAGUGGCAAAACAUUAUUUUAUAUAGCCGUUGAUGUUCACUGGAUCAUUUUAAAACUUUAUGCAUAAAUGAAAAUGAUUGUUUUAUCCUAUGGUUCAAUGAAAGUUGUUUAAUUUUUGUCAGCAUGUCUGAUUUAUCUUACAAGUUAGUUUUUAUUUCAUUAAUUUAUCUGCUUCCAAAAAUAAAACAAAAUGCCUUUUUGUAGUUGUCAUGGUGCAAUUUGUCUUCGGAUAACUCAAAUAAUGGUAACUCUUAGUGUAAAUGUAUUUUUUCAGCUAUGUAAACCUUAAUCUCCACUUUGUAUAAAUUUUACUGUCAGAAAAUCCAUUUACACUUUGCUUUAUUUUUCAGUGGUCCUGUAGUUUCCUUGAAACUUACAGCACCAAAUUAUAUGUAAAAUUGGACUAUUACUGCAAAUAAUGUAGUCAUGCCCUUAUGAAACAAAUCUUCCUUAUGCAAGAUAUUGCAGUAAGCUACUGACAAACCUACACAAACCCAAAGACUCUUAACAGUAUUCCAAGAAAUUACUACAAAUUUCUAUGGCCACUGUUUGUUAAUUUCUGGAAAUUUGAAGGUACGAGUAGAAAUUUUAAAAGAUUUUUUUUUUAUUCUUAUAAAAAAUGCAUUUAAGUUGUAAACGUCUUUUAAAGCCUUUGAAGUGCCUAUGAUUCUAUUAUGUAACUUGUUGCAAACUGGUGUUAAUGAGUAUAUAACAGUAAAAAAAGAAAAUGUUGGUAUUUUAUAAGCACAGACAAUUCUAAUGGUAACUUUUGUAGUCUUAGCUGGAUAGACAUAAAUUGUAAUUUGGGAGCAUAAACACUACUGAAUAAAUCAUGUGGCCUAAUACUGAAAUA